UUCCUUUGGGGAAAAAAAGUGGUCAGCUAUUUUUUUUUAGCUGACAUCUUUGUAUUUUUAGCUGUUAGCCAUUGCUGCUAAUCAACAUUUCAAGGUACUUGUUGUGUCAAAGUAUAUACACGAAUUGCACGAAGUCCACGCUGUGAACAAGAGCAGUUACGCGGCAUUUGAAAAGUUACUAUGGAAGAAGUACAGCAGGGCAGCAAUGGCACAGAGUCACAGACUACCAUCAUUCCCACUACCAUCACAACCUCUCAGUUCUCACAGAUAGCCCAACAGAUGUCCCUGGGUGGUUCUUCUGUGGCUGUUGUACAGCUGCCAGGGGGUCAGUUUCAGGUUCAAGGAGUGAUCCAGUCUGCACAGUCGUCAGUCAUACAGUCCCCUCAGAUGCAGAGUUCACAGGUCCAGGGUUCAGAUAGUGAAGAUUCACAGGACUCAUCAGACAGUGGAGUCACAGCCCAAAAGACCAGAGAAAUACUGGCAAGACGGCCUUCAUACAGAAAAAUCCUAAAUGAACUUUCAUCUGAGGAAAUGGCACACAUUGAGGGGAAGGAUAACAGCCCGGUAUCCACAGGUGUUACAGUACCCACCACUCAAAUCUACCAGACCAGCAGCGGCCAGUACAUUACCAUAGCCGCUAAUGGCACAAUCCAGCUGGCGACACCAGGGUCCGAAGGCAUUCAUGGACUACAGACUGUCACCAUGGCCAACUCUGGUGGAGCCCAGCAAGGCACCACCAUCCUCCAGUAUGCCCAGACACCUGACGGCCAGCAGAUACUGGUGCCUAGCAACCAGGUUGUUGUACAAGGCGCAGGAGGUGAGAUGCAAACAUACCAGAUCCGUACAGCUCCCACAUCCAGCUCCCUGUCUCAGACUGUAGUUAUGACCUCUCCUGUGGGACUAUCUCAGGGCAAGACUGAUGAUCCAACAGUAAAGAGGGAAAUCAGGCUUGCAAAAAACAGAGAGGCAGCCCGUGAAUGUCGACGGAAGAAAAAGGAAUAUGUUAAAUGCCUGGAAAACCGCGUAGCUGUUCUUGAAAACCAAAACAAGACCCUGAUUGAAGAACUCAAAACAUUAAAGGACCUUUAUUGUGUUAAAACAGGAUAACCUGUUUGAAUAGAGGUUGAGGAUUGAGACAAAUGUGGGAGCAGCACAGCUCAGCCAUUUGGACAUGGACAGGGUUUCUGGGAACACUUCAUUUCAGGCUGAGAUCCUCCACUUUUUUUUUUACUCUGUUUGAUAUAAAAGUGACUUGUGAUGGCAGUAAGAUAUACUCGACAAAUAAAAAAGAAAUUGGUCAUUUUUCCACCUGCUGUUUUUUAAAAAUUUGCUAAUGCUAUAACAUUUAUAGUUGUGUACAUUUUAAUACUGGGAGGUUUGAAAUUGUGAUCUUUAACUUUUGAGUCUCAGUUUCUAAAUGUAUCCCUUUCCCUUUUUCUCUUGUGUUUUUUAAAAAAUGUUGCUGUUGGAGCUCUUUUAAAAAAUAUAUUUUAACAGCAUCACUGAAUUCUGACUGUAUAAUUACUACACAGACAUAAUUCCUGUUUAUAUCUUGAACCAGCAAUUCCCCUUAAAGGAGAUGUUACAAUUUCAUUCCUUAUUUUUGUGCAAUGGAAUAUAAAGGGUAACAGAAAUGAUGACAUUGAGUGUGGUUUGGUUGGUUGUUUCUUGGCAGUUACUUAGACAAUCAGGGAAAAAAAAGCACAGUGUCCAGGUAAUAUUUAUUAUGUACAUCUUGGGAGGGAUGGGGAAGAAGAACAAACGGUGUAUUAAAUGUUGCUGAUUCUGUAAGUAAAUAAAUAUAUUUUCACUCAAAAAA